AUGAAUUCUGCUGAUAGAAUGGACACCUCAGAGGUUGAAGUACCCAACGAUCGUGAAAUCGAAAAAAUCACCGAACAAGACCUACAAGAAGAAGAUGCGGCUCCAAGAGACGACCAACCUGAGACCAGCGCCGCUAGAGCCACAAGACAUGUAGAAGACGAGGAAGCCGCCGAUCAUGUCGAACUUGCCGAUUUAGAAGUCGAGGCCACCGACACUGUACCUAGAACUCCACGAAGAACGGGCCGUUCUAAGAAGUUGUCGUCUACCUCAACCGCGGCUGUAGCGGAAGCUUCCGCAACUCCUGGAAAACGAGGAAGAAAACGUAAGGGAAGCGAGUCGGCUAACACCACCGCUAACACUACGGUUAACUCCACUUUUAACGAGCCAAAAACUCCAGGACGUAAGCAAGCUAAACUGACACAACCUCUCCUAACCUGGCAGCAAUUUGCGCCUUCCAUUAUUGGUGAUCGUGUGUUAUCAUGUGGAGAAGGAGAAGCUCUCGGACAUCCAGGUCGGACCACAACGAAAAAGCCACGGAAGGUUGACAUCUUUGAGGAGAAUGGAUUAAAACCAAUUCAAGUUGUUGCUGGAGGAGUACACUCUUCUGUAUUAACAUCUGAUGGCCAAGUUUUCAUGUGUGGAAUCAACGAGAAAGGAACCGUUCCUGCAGAAGGUGUUGAACACGAGGGAAGCACUGACGAGUUCGCCAAAGUUCCAUUCUCAGAAGAGAUUGGUAGAGAGGGAAAAAUCAUUAUGCUUGCUGCCGGUGCCUCGUUCACUGCUGCUCUCACCGACGAAGGAUCGGUAAUUGCUUGGGGUAAUCUCCGUAACUCCAAUGGAAAUGUAGAUGUUCAUCCACUUCUUCACAAAAUGCAAGAAAAGCCGGUUGUGAUUGUCCACCAAGCUAAAAGGAAGAUCGUGAAAAUCGCUGCUGGUGAGAAUCAUCUUGUGAUGCUCGACGAGAAAGGUUGUCUUCUGACUUUCGGAGACGGAGAAAUGGGUCAACUCGGACGUAGUAGCCGUACCAAGACUAUCCGAUCAAAGUACAUGUGUGACGAGUCUGGAGAUCAUCUUGUUGUUCCAUUGAGAUUUAAGAACAAAGGAAAGUUCUACGACGUUGUCGCCAAGAACGUUUUCGCCAGUGGAUUCUGGACAAUUAUUCAUGGAGAGGACGGAAAAUACUACUCAUUCGGACUCAACAACUACGCUCAACUUGGAAUCAAAGUCGACGAGGCUGAUGUUGGACAAGAUGGUCAAGAUAACCGCGAACUUCGUGUGUUCCUUCCAACCGAAGCACCAGCUUUCGGAGCUGAAGAAACUUUCGUGAACAUUGAAGGAGUUCAACAUGUUGUUCUUCUCGAUAGCCAAGGAAACGUUUUUGCGAUGGGAAAAAACACCGACAACGCUCUUGGAAUCGGAAACUGGACUGGAAAAGACGAUCAACAACAUUGGCUCUAUGACACCUUGCAAAAACUUGAUUUCGACUCGAAGAUCGUUGGAGUUUCAGCCAAAUUGGCUACUUCAAUUGCCUGGUCUGAAGACGGAACCGCAUAUGCAUGGGGAUUCGAUACAACUGGACAGUUGGGUCUCGGAUUGAAGGAUGAUGAUGAGAAGAUGGUUUCGAAGCCUGAAGAGAUAAGCUCUGCACAUCUCGACGAUCACUCCAUCAUCGGAGCUUCAAUUUCCGAUCAGCACACUCUGAUUCUCGCCAAGAAGAAUUAA